AGAGACUCCAGCAGAGUAAAAAAUGGCAUUUUUAAUUAAAAGUAUGGUGGGAAACCCACUGAAGGGAAUGGGAUUUGGAGGAGGAGAGGAAAAGGCUGAGGAGGAGGCCCCCAAGGACCCCGCAGCGGCCGCUGGUAUGACAAGAGAAGAAUAUGAGGAGUACCAGAAACAGCUUGUGGAGGAAAAAAUGGAAAGAGAUGCAGACUUCUUGCACAAGAAAGCAGAGAGGGCGACUCUGAGGGUUUGUCUACGAGAAAAAUACAGACUUCCUAAAAGUGAACAGGACGAUAACAUGAUCCAGAUGGCAGGAGAUGACGUGGAUGUUCCCGAGGAGCUGCUGAAGAUGGUGGAUGAGGAUGCCACGGAGGAGGAGGAGAAGGACUCCAUCCUGGGGCAGAUGCAGAACUUACAGAACAUGGACAUGGAUCAGAUAAAAGAGAAAGCCAGUGCUACACUGACAGAGAUCAAGUCCAAGGCUGAGGAGAAGUGCUCAGUCAUGUAGUGGUUUAAAACAUUCACACAUUUCUACAAACCAGGACAGGUUUUUGAAAUACAGUUUUGAAAAACUUGGGUGACUUUUUUUGACAUGUCUUCAAAUGAAAUUUCAUUUGAAAGCAUGUCAAAAGAAGUCACCCAAGAUUUUAGUUCCCAAAAGCUACAAGAUCUGGCUCUAGAUCAGCUUUUCAGUUUCUCUUGCUUGGCUCCAGGUUUUGCUGCUGGACUUUUUCUUUUGUAUGUGUUUGAAUAAAUGAUUAUUGUAGUCUAUUCCUUCCUUUUCCUUUUUUUAAUUACCUGUAAUAGUAUAAUAUGCAACAUUACCUGUAAAUAUAUCUAACAAACAUCUGACUUGAACCUGAGGCGGAGAAUCUCAGUUUAAAUCCCCCUCCUGCUUUUUUGCACAAGGGAUGAGAUGAAUGUGAUGCUGUUAUUUCUUCUUCUUCUUCUUCUUCUUCUUUUUGAAAGCAGACCAUCUAGCAUUGACACAUAUGAUAUUGUAAUGCUCAUUAGGAUUCUUUAGUCAUAUGUAUUAAGUUUUUAUGUGAGGUAAAUAGGCAUGAACAGGAUUGAUGUCUCAUGUAAACAGAUUAAACACAUGAAUAAAAAAGUUGAUUGAAAAACUGUGAG